CAGGCCACGCCUCCCUUGGCAGGUUACAGAAGAUGUCGCAUAUUUACCUCCAGGUAUCGGCAUCAUGCCGAGUUCACGCGAACUCUCUGACGGAUGGCUGACUGUUAACAUUCAGCGAAUAAUUUAACACCAUUUCACCAACGCUUUUCUCCCCUUCGCAUUCGAUGCUACGAUAUCCGCUGUAAACUGUUGUAUUUGAACAGUUGGACGACAUGGCUGGAGGCAUUACAGAGACAGGGGAGCCAUACUCAGGUUUUGUUGGCUUGGUGUACAUGUUCAACAUAAUCGUGGGCACUGGUGCUCUGACGAUGCCCAAAGCCUUCGCCGCUGCUGGUUGGGUUGUAAGCCUGACGCUCCUCUGCUUUUUGGCUUUCAUGAGUUACAUGAGCACUACAUUUGUGAUCGAGGCCAUGGCUGCAGCAAACGCCCAGCUACGCUGGAAGAGGAGAGAGCAGGAAGAGAUAAAUAGCAGUGACUCUACUUCUGACUACUCAGAUGAUGAGGUCAUCUGCAACAGGCAGUUAGAUCCAGUGGAGACUCGACCCAUUCUGUCUGUUCAACGUACAGGGUGUGUGGAUCACUUUGAUAUUGUGGAGAGAGUUGAGAUGGGACAGAUGGCCUCCAUGUUUUUUAACAAAGUUGGCGUCAAUAUGUUCUACAUCUGCUUAAUUGUGUACCUGUACGGAGACUUGGCCAUCUAUGCGGCUGCUGUGCCCGUGUCUUUAAUGGAAGUGGCCUGCGGCAAUCAUUCCUGCAGCACUGGGAGUAUAAAAUACAACGACACAGAUGUCUGCUGGGGGCCAGUGAGACGGAUAGACGCCUACAGAGCCUUUCUCGCAGUUUUCACACUUCUAUUGGGACCAUUUACAUUCUUCAAUGUACAGAAGACCAAAUACCUUCAGAUCUUCACCUCACUAAUGAGAUGGAUCGCUUUCUCGAUGAUGAUAAUCCUGGCACUCAUCCGCAUCGCAAAGGGUCAUGGCGAGGGUCAACCUCGGGUUGCGCAUCUCAGCGGCGUUCCCAACCUGUUUGGUGUGUGCGUGUACUCCUUCAUGUGCCACCAUUCGCUGCCUUCUCUGAUCACUCCAAUCUCGGACAAACGGCGGAUUAGUAUGCUGCUAACGGUCGACUACGUGCUCAUCCUGGCCUUCUACACUCUACUUUGCUUUACAGCCAUCUACUGCUUUGACAGCUCACUUCUGCGUGACAUGUACACACUAAACUUCACCGUCAACUGCGACGUGCUGGGUGUGGCCGGCCUCCGCUACUUUUUAGGACUUUUUCCUGUCUUUACCCUCAGCACGAACUUCCCUAUAAUCGCAGUCACGCUGCGGAACAACUGGAAGACGCUCUUUCAUCGAGAUGGAGGAACUUACCCAUGGGUGGUGGACCGCGUCGUGUUUCCCUUGAUUACUCUGGUGCCACCCAUCGUGGUGGCUUUUUGUACUCAUGAUCUUGAGUCUCUUGUGGGCAUCACUGGAGCCUAUGCAGGCACGGGCAUUCAGUACAUCAUUCCUGCAGCUCUGGUGUUCUACAGUCGGCGCCACUUAGAGCCCGUGUUUGACAGAGACGUGCAGAAUAAGCACAGGUCUCCAUUCCACCACACGUUCUGGGUCGUGUUUGUGGUGAUUUGGGCGGCUUCCUGCCUAAUGUUUGUCACCGCUAAUAUCAUACUGACAGCAGAAAAUAAAAACUAAAAAGGUG